CCAAAUAACUAUUGUUGAUUUAGAUGAAAACGACACUUAUCAUGAUCUAUGUAAUGAUGUUCUUAUGGGCUACCAAGUUCGGUUAAAUGUUAACGCAAAUCAUCCACGAGCACCUACUUUAGCAAUAUCAGAGUUUCAACAUCAAUCAACGUCUGACUUAAUCUCUUUUCCUCCGUGGCAACCUUCGCUUCUCAUGUUUCCGGCUCAAGCAAAAUGGAUUCCACGUGAUAUUAACGCAGAAUAUGAUCUUUGUCAAGCUUUUCCGUAUUUAUCUCUUACCGAGCAUCCCACAAGAGAAGCUUCAAUUCCAAAUGCACUAGCAAAUGUUCCGAUGUUUCAUCGCCGUUGGCUUUCGCCUAUUCGUUUAAAUUGCUCACUUGGACGUGCGGAAAAUACAAACCACUUUACACAUUAUCGCCAUCUUACUGGUGCAUUUGGCCUAUCAAAAAAUAUUCGUGCCCUAUAUCUUUAUUCCGGAACAAUGGGCGCCAUCUUAGACUCUACUCCUAAUAAUAAUUGGUUUCAUCCGUCCUUGUUACAUGCGGCUAAUUGGUUAAAAAUCAAUAAUC